GGAAGAGCGAUACGGAAAAGUAUACAAAUUAGAUGGAAUUAACCAGUAUUGGUUGUUCUAUGCAUCGGCAGAGCAGAUUGAAAAAAUUAUGACCAGUGCAGAGUUCAACUGCAAGGGAGAUGAUUACGAUGUGCUUCUCGAGUGGCUUGGAACGGGACUACUGACUAGCAGUGGAAAUAAGUGGUUCACCCAUCGAAAAGCAUUGACACCAGCGUUCCAUUUCAAAAUUCUGGAUAAUUUUGCUCCGGUGUUUGACAGCAAAAGUACUAUAUUGGCACGAAAGUUGCUCGAAAAUGGCGGGGAAUCCGUCAAAAUAUUUCCAUUAGUUAAGCUGUACACUUUGGAUGUGAUCGUUGAAACUGCCAUGGGAACGGCAUCGGAAGCUCAAUCCAAACAGUCCAGUUACACAUUGGCGGUGGAAGAAAUAGCAGCAAUUGCAUUCUUUCGAAUGUUUAACCGGAUUUUCUACUCAAACUUUAUGUUCCAGUUCCACAAACUGUACGAACCGUACAAGCGCUGUUUGAAAACCAUUCACGACUUUACCCUCUCGGUUAUCGAAAAACGGAGGCUCACACUGCUGAACUCGCCCGCCGCCACUGAUAAGACAGUAAGCCAGGUACCGGGCGAUAGUGAGCUGGGAUCAAAAUCCAAGAAGGCACUGUUGGACGUUUUAUUGCAGACCAAUAUCGAUGGUAGGCCACUGACGAACGAGGAAAUUCGGGAGGAGGUGGAUACGUUUAUGUUUGCGGGUCACGACACAACUGCAUCCGCGAUUACAUUUCUGCUGUACUCACUGGCAAAACAUCCGGAAAUUCAGCAAAAAGUAUACGAAGAAAUAACUUCUGUCAUCGGUGAGGACAAGGACACACCCGUUAAUAUCAGCUUUCUUAAUAAUCUGAAGUAUCUGGAUCUUGUGAUCAAAGAAUCGCUUCGAAUCUUUCCACCGGUUCCGUUCAUAACUCGAACGGCUCUCAAAGAGGUAAACCUAGCUGGACUGGUUAUUCCGGCCGACACGAACCUUACCAUCGGUAUUUAUAAUAUGCAUCAUAAUGCGGAAUACUUUCCGGAACCGGAACGGUUUCUGCCGGAGCGUUUCGAGGCCGAACGUGGAGCGGAAAAGUUGAAUCCAUACGCAUACGUACCGUUCAGUGCCGGAGGUAGGAACUGCAUAGGACAAAAGUUUGCCCAGUAUAAAAGUUUGCCCAGUAUGAAAUCAAAUCGACGAUUUCGAAAGUAAUACGACAUUGUCGAGUGGAACUUCCUUUCGCAUCCUACGAGCCACAGCUGAAAGCCGAAAUGGUCUUGAAACCGCUGGACGACAUGCCGUUGAAGUUUUAUCCCAGAUAAAUAAAUAUGCAAAUUCCGCGAAUGUAAAUGUUUUCG